GCGGCACAGUCCGGACAGAGCAACCAUCAUCAUCAUCAUCAUCUUCUUCAUCCUCCUCCUCCUCCUCUCCAUCCACCCCGACAGGCUCACCAUGCUGCCCGGCUCCGCUCUGCUGCUGCUGGUCCUCGGACUCGGCUGCGCCGCGUGCUUCCAGCUGCCGCCGGAGGAAGCUGCUCCCCGCCGGGCUCGGUUCUCCUCCAACAGCCCCACUGAUGUGGCCAGAUGUAUUAACGGGGCCGUCACCGUGGGCUGUGGAUUCUUCUCCUGUCUGGAAAACUCCACCUGUGACACCGACGGGAUGCACGAACUCUGUGAACACUUCCUGAACUCUGCUGCUACCUUCAACACAGAGGGUAAAACGUUCGUCAAGAAAAGUCUGCACUGCAUCUCUCAGGGAAUCUCAGCCAAGGUUUUCCAAACUAUCCGCCGCUGCAACAUCUUCCAGAUGAUGAUCGCAGAGGUGCAAGAAGAGUGUUACACCAGUCUGGACAUCUGCACUGUGGCUCGAACCAACCCGGACGCCAUCGGAGAGGUGGUGCAGGUGCCCACUCACUUCCCCAACAGGUACUACAGCACUCUGCUGCAGGCGCUGCAGGCGUGCGACGAGCAGACGGUGGCGGCGGUGAGGACGGGCCUCAUGGCGAGGCUGGGCCCCGACAUGGAGACCUUCCUCCAGCUGGUGCAGAACAAACCGUGCGCCAGCAACUCCGGCUCGGCCGCCUACAACAACCCGUCCAGCUGGAGGAACAUGCCCGUGUUCAACAUCCAGCCGGGCUUCAAAAGCCGAGACCCCACCCACCUGUUCGCCAGGAAACGCUCUGUGGACGACACGGAGGGGCAGCGUUAAAGCCGGGCAGUAGCUAGCUAGCUAACACACACACACGCACACACAC